AUGGAUGAUCAGAGACGUCUCUACGUCUCUGUCUGGGAUAAACAUGAAGUUCGACGAUAUGAGAUAGGUGACAAGAAGAGAACAGUCGUAGCUGGUGGCUAUGGAAGAGGUGCUGCUCUGAAUCAACUCAACGGUCCCUAUUAUCUCUUCGUCGAUCAAGAACAAGCAGUUUACGUGUCGGACGACAGUCAUCGUGUCACGAAAUGGAACAAUGGUGCCAAAGAAGGAAUUAUCGUAGCUGGGGGUCAAGGCUAUGGCGAUGCCCUGACGCAAUUAUCUCAUCCAAAAGGAAUCUUCGUCGACAGGUUGGGCACUGUCUAUGUGGCAGACGAGUUGAAUCAUCGAGUGAUGCGUUGGCCAAAAGGAGCCACACGGGGUACUGUAAUUGCAGGUGGAAACGGUGUAGGGCAAGGAGCAAACCAGUUGAGUCGACCCUUCGAUUUGUCCUUCGAUCGCCAUAGCAAUCUCUAUGUUGUCGAGAGGGAGAACCAUCGAGUUCAACGUUUUUCUAUCGUAUAA